CAGGUUGGACCUAUCGAGCUUGAUCUCCCACCUCGACCCCUCGAGACGACAGAGGAGCAAGCUUACUGGUCAAAGGAGCUGCGUUCGAAUCGGCCUACAGCUCAUAUCCCACCGUACGGUCUUCUCAAUGCCUCUUUCAAGUCCAGCCUCAAACUCCUGCGGACUCCGUCAUGCUCCUCCUUGACACUCCACACUCCUCGGCUCAUCCUUCGCCAAGUCAGCGAGUCCGACCUCGCAGCCAUCAAGCGGAUCAAGACCGAGCCCAUCGUUCAACGGACGCAGCUGUACGGGUCCCCACACGAGUCGGUCAUCCGGGAUGCGUUCUUGCAGAACUAUGUUCGCGCGUCUAUGCCUCGUGUACCUGCGCCGGACGAGCAGUCAAAGUGCCGGCCGCAGUACUUCUUCGCUAUCACUCUGAGAAAUCCUGCGGAUGUGACGGUGGCAGAUGGAAGCAAGUUGAAACGGGAGAAUCGGAUCACCAAUGCUGAGGGCUAUAUCGGCAAUAUAGCUUUUGAUCUGACUUGCUCAAAAACAGCCAAUCUCCUCCCGAAAUCUCGCAAGAUUUUGACGCACCCGUCGUUCGACCAGACUGCCUCAGCCGAGCUUACCGCCGAUAUGUUCUACGAAAUCCAUCCGCAACUCUGGGGCAAGGGGAUCAUGCGCGAGGCAUUUGCAGAGGUAGUCAGGUUUGCGAUUGAGGAUGUCGGCUGCGUGGAAGUCAAGUGCGACCCUUUGCAGGGGAACGAAGCCUCCGUCAAGCUGUGCGAGCGGAAUGGCUUCAAGUACACUCACACGUCUCGAGACAACCCAUACCAGAAACCGCAGGUAUGGCACAAGUUGACCCGGCGGGACUGGUGGGAUCUGAACAGGGCGAAGCAGCUGAUGAAGGGGACAUAUGACGGUGCCGUGCUAUGUCGAUGGUGCAUGAACCCGCAAGCGCCUUCUCCCGCGUACCGGUGUUCGGGGUGUGAUUGGGGGAUAUAUUGUUCCCGGGAAUGUCAGAGGGCGGAUUGGGUGUUCGAGGGUGGGCAUCAGGCGGAGUGCGAAAAGAAGGCGGACGUUAAGUUAAUAUAG